GCUGGAAAUCUAAAGGCUGGCAAUCCAAUGGUUGCGAUUACUGCAAAUAAAGACAAAGUUAGUUUGCUUCAAAAUUAUAUCAAUGCAAUCCUAACAGAUGGAAAGCAUGAAAGAAUUAAAGAUCGUAAACGACUUAAAGAUGGCCAGAAGCUUCCUCCACGUUGGAAUCCUUUUGACAGUAAUCAACAACAACUUGUGACGGACUUCGAUGCGGAGUAUAAGCUGAUUUUAACUAGUGCUAAAGAUGACAACGAAAGAAUCGAACGUUUCUUUAAAGUAGCUGAUAAAGUACAAGAGCAACUUAAUGAUGUCACAACGUAUGAUCCGAAUUUGAUUAAGGAUGCUUUCACCAUUCUCAUAAACAAUCACCCUGCUGCUAUUGCAUUGGGUCUCAAGACACCAUCUUUUAAGAUAAUUUCUUCAAACACUUUAUUACCUGGACAGUCUCUGCCUUUGGGUGGGCCUGAAUCAAGAAUGGAUUGGUGGCGUGAAGAUCUUUCCCUCAACGAAAGUCAUCACCAUUCUCAUGCCAUCUUCGUUCCUAAUGGAGUUGUAGACCCUUAUCUUCCAAACAAGGAUGUCGCGUAUACAAAAGAUCGUCAAGGAGAAUUGGUUGCUGUUGGUCUUUAUCCUGUCAUUCCACUAACAAACUACUAUGAUCCGAUCCCUGAAGGAUAUUUACCAAAUAAAUAUUUAAGAGACUAUGACGAAAAAACUUCUCCUGAUUAUUUACAAAAUAAAUAUGAUUAUCGAUUACCGUAUUCUUCAAUUGCUAAGGAAGAUGGAGCUCCUAUUGAUUUUGCUGUUGCAGCAAUCAAUAAAGCAAUUGAUGAUGGAGUCUUUUAUAAUGACCCCGACAAACUCGGGCUUACUCUCAACCCUUGUCGUUCCAAUCCAGAUAUACUUGAAUAUAAUGAGUGGAGAGCAAAAUAUGGCAGAUUGCAUGCAGCUGGUCAUACAAUGAUUGGUAAAAUUGUUG